GAGGAGCCGCCGCCCAGCUCCGGCCGGGCCGAGCAGCGGCUUCAGCCCCGGCUCCCGGCAGGGUGAAGGAACGUGGGAGCCGCUGAGGAGACGGUGUGUGAGGAGACGCUUUCAUCAUCCUGCCCUGAAAUGGCUGCCUUUUUGGAGGAGAAUAUUAGUAUCCUCUCUGAGUCUUCAGGAAAGGAGUCUGGGAACAAGGCUGCAGCAGAGAGAGCUUCUCCUGGCAAUGUGAGCUGUGGGAACAGUUCCCCGGAAGCAGAGGACACUGAUAUCCACCUGCUGUACCUCUCCAAAAGGGCUGCUCUGCGUGGGAGGAAGAGGCCGAAGCCCAAGUCAGGGCUGGCCCCAUCAGGUGGCGAUAGCUGCGGCUCUGCGGGGCCAGGGCACGCUCCCCAGAGCCCUGAGCUCCCUGUGGACACCAAGAGGCUGAAGGAAGCCAACAAGGAGAACCUCGGGACCGGCCUGAAGGUGCCUGAGCGUCCCCCCAGCCGCUCCCAGCAGCGCUUGGAUACACUCCCGAGCAGAGAUCCGCCCUCGGCCAACAGGAACGAUGCUUCCAGGACAAGUGAAGCUUCUCCUGGGUUGCUUCCAGGGCAUGAGGCAUCUCCAGCUCUUCCAGAGAAAGUCGUUGCCACUCCAAGAAUUUAAUUAAGGUCACAGUCCCAUCCAUGUCCACAGUCCUAGUUGAAACUUAUAUAUUGUCAGGAGUGUUGUAACAAUCUGUAGUAAGUUUUUAAACUGAAAUUGAUAUUUGCUUGUAUUGGCAGUACAGU